CACUCUUUGUUUCCUUGUUACACAAUAAUUUUUUUUUGGUCUCUUCCUGACAUGAUAUUGUAGUUUGCACCCUUGGGUAUAACAUGAGUAAGUUCUCGUGCCUCUUCCUUCUAUAUAGCUCAAUGAAUUCAAGUACCAAGUUUAAGGUGUUCUCUUUGCCUAUCGGUGAUGACUGAUGAGUGAUAUUGAGUGGGAGUCAUCAAAUAUAGAUUUUGAGUUUUUGUUUAUUGACUUUUAAUGGUGGUGAGCAAGUAAAAUAAUUGUAAUGGUUAAGGGGCACAAGUAGCGGUGAUAAAAGUUUUUUUACUCAUAUUCCUACUCAUUUGAGGAGAGUUGUGAUGUUGGGUGGGGGGGACUGAUCAGAGAAACUGCGGCUGCCUGCAGCUGUUUACACCUUCCAUCCUACAAUGGUGUCUAUUAUUCCAUUCAUUACAUCAUUGAUAAUAUAUUUUCUGAUGAUCUUAGCAGUAUGUGAUUUCUUGUCUCUUAGAAGCUUGAAUUUCAGUUUCAGUGUAAAACAUGUGCAAGACCUUGAGAAUUGAUAGUGGUUAAAUCCUUGUCUUUAGAUACAAACUAGCACCGAAGCCAUGAUGCAACCAUUACCGAGAGAUGGUGAAAGUGCUCUGUCAGUAGUCGGUCCAAGGCCAAUGGAAUGGUCCACUGUUCCUUACAGUGCUCCUCCACAGCCUGGGGCAAACGGAAAGCAACAGCGGACAUCAAGUUUGGAAUCGCCAAUCAUGCUGUUAACAGGCCAUCAGAGUGCUGUAUACACGAUGAAGUUCAAUCCGGCAGGAACAAUCAUCGCAUCUGGGUCUCACGACAGGGAGAUAUUCCUCUGGAACGUGCACGGGGAAUGCAAGAACUUCAUGGUGUUGAGAGGGCACAAAAACGCCAUCUUGGAUCUCCAGUGGACCACUGAUGGGUCCCAGAUAAUAUCCGCCAGUCCUGACAAGACCCUUAGGGCAUGGGACGUAGAAACCGGGAAACAGGUCAAGAAAAUGGCGGAACACAACGAAUUCGUGAACUCAUGCUGUACUUCCCGUCGGGGUCCACCUCUUGUAGUCAGCGGAUCUGACGAUGGGACUGCAAAGCUCUGGGAUAUGCGUCAGAGGGGUGCAAUCCAAACUUUUCCAGACAAGUACCAAAUCACAGCCGUUGGUUUUGCCGACGCAUCAGAUAAAAUCUACACCGGCGGGAUAGAUAACGAUAUAAAGGUGUGGGAUUUGCGGAGGAACGAGGUGACCAUGACUCUUCAAGGACAUCAGGAUAUGAUAACCGGAAUGCAGUUGAGUCCGGACGGGUCCUACCUUCUAACCAAUGGCAUGGAUUGCAAGCUCUGUAUCUGGGAUAUGCGACCGUACGCUCCGCAGAAUCGUUGUGUUAAGAUUUUGGAAGGUCACCAGCACAACUUUGAGAAGAACUUGUUGAAAUGCGGGUGGUCGCCGGAUGGGAGUAAGGUCACGGCUGGUAGUUCUGAUCGGUUGGUGUAUAUUUGGGAUACAACUUCUCGGCGCAUCUUGUACAGGCUACCAGGGCACUCGGGAUCUGUGAAUGAAACUGUGUUCCAUCCCACUGAACCAAUCAUUGGAUCUUGUAGUAGCGACAAGCAGAUUUUUCUUGGGGAAGUUUAAUUGUUUCUGAACGUCUGUGGACCACCGUUCUGUGAUUCCAUCAACGUGCCCUAAAAACCAGUAAGAGCUUGCGUUUGUUCUGUGAGUGUAACCUUAAUUUUGAUGACUUAGAGGAAUUGACAUGCAUUUGGGUCUAAUAGAAUUGCAGUAUGUAUAUUCAUGCAUCGAUUUAUCCCUACUCUGCAUAUGGAUGGGACCUUUUUUUUAAGGACUAUGCGGAAAUUUUGUUCAUUGUC